UGAAGAGAAGCUGGGAGGCUCGAACACCAUCCUGUCUGGGUUGGGCACAGGCGACUCGAAGUGCACGCUCUUUCUUGGCAGGACCAGGCCUCUCCGGGGCGGGAUGGCCCAGGAGCUCGGCGAGAAGGAGCUACUGAGGAUGGAGGUGGAGCAGCUGAAGGAAGUGAAGAACCCAAGAGCUCCGAUUUCCAAGACAGGAAAGGAAAUCAAGGAUUAUGUGGAGGCCCUCGCAGGAAACGACCCUCUUCUCUAAGGCAUCUCUGAGGACAAAAACCCCUUCAAGGAGAAAGGCACUUGUGUGAUAAACUGAUGGUCCCAGGGCCCCUCGCCCUGACCUCCUGUCCCUCCUCGGCCCCUCUCCUCCCCCACAACCUGUCCUGGACGCCCAGAGAGUCCGUGAAUUUCCACCUUCUCUCAGCCACAGAAGAGGAAAGAGACAGACCUGCUUC